CGUUGUCAGCGCGCGAAAAAGACGUGUUUAACCCGCGUGUGAGUCCGUGUGCAGACGUGUUUAUAUAGUGGAGUCAUCUUUCCUGUUUGAUUCCGAGUCAUCUUUCCUGUUUGAUUCAGAGUCAUCUUUCCUGUUUGAUUCCGAGUCAUCCGGUUGAUUGACAUGGGAAUUCACGGCCUUGCUAAGUUAAUAGCUGAUCAGGCGCCAGCGGCCAUCAAGGAGCAGGAUAUUAAAAAUUACUUUGGCCGCAAGAUCGCCAUCGAUGCCUCCAUGUGCAUUUACCAGUUUCUCAUCGCUGUCAGACAAGACGGCAACGUUUUACAGAACGAAGAUGGGGAGACAACAAGCCACCUCAUGGGGAUGUUCUACAGGACCAUCCGAAUGCUGGACAGUGGCAUCAAGCCUGUGUACGUGUUUGAUGGGAAACCUCCUCAGCUCAAGUCUGGAGAGUUAGAGAAGAGAGGCGAGAGAAGAGCUGAAGCUGAAAAGCUGCUAGCACAAGCACAGGAAAUGGGUGAACAGGAGAACAUCGACAAGUUCAGCAAACGUCUUGUAAAAGUCACCAAGCAGCACAACGAUGAAUGUAAAAAACUCCUCACGUUAAUGGGGGUGCCUUAUAUAGAGGCUCCAUGUGAGGCCGAAGCCACGUGUGCGGCUCUGGUGAAGGCAGGGAAAGUGUUCGCCACGGCAACCGAAGAUAUGGAUGGAUUGACUUUUGGCACAAGUGUCCUGCUGAGACACCUGACCGCUAGUGAGGCUAAGAAGCUUCCCAUCCAGGAGUUUCAUUUCAGCCGCAUUCUGCAGGAGAUGAACUUGUCACAUCAACAGUUCAUCGAUUUAUGUAUCCUACUGGGCUGUGACUACUGCGGCACAAUCAAAGGGAUCGGACCCAAGAGAGCCAUCGACCUCAUCAGGCAACACGGUUCUAUUGAAGAAAUCCUUNNNNGGUUGUCCCUACAGAAACACCCCACCCCAGAAGACUGGCUUUAUAAGGAGGCUCGAACCCUGUUUCUGGAGCCUGAGGUGGUGGACUGUUCCUCUGUGGAGCUCAAGUGGAGUGAACCUGAUGAGGAGGCACUGGUCCAGUUUAUGUGCAGUGAGAAACAGUUCAGUGAGGAGCGCAUCCGUAACGGCACGAAGAAAAUAAUGAAGAGCAGACAGGGGAGCACUCAGGGGAGACUGGACACAUUCUUUACCAUCACAGGAUCCAUCUCUUCUAAACGCAAGGAGCCUGAGACAAAAGGCUCAGCCAAGAAGAAACAGAAGACGGGGGCAACACCGGGCAAAUUCAAGAAGGGCAAAUAAAAAAAAGUCUGAGGUGGACGAGAAGCUGUUACAGUCCUAGUGUUGCUUUGUGUCCUUUUUAUAUUGAGAAGUUACCUGGAACACCGCAGUGCAGAAAAACAUUUUAAUGAACUUGUUCCUGUUUGAUUUGAAUAAAGAAUCUUUUCUGAACAAUGUA